UGGUCAGAUGUGAUUUAACUCUCUCAAAGAUCAGUCCCUCUGUGUGUUUAUGUGUUUGGUUCAGCGUGUAUUUCAUGUUUUCUCCUGUUCUCAAGUGCUGUUUUCUUGUGUUCAUGACUAGAUAGCACCGGUCCACGCUGACCGUCCCCGUCAGUGUUAACUGUGAUCGAGCUUCAUAGGAAAUCCAUCCGUGUGCGUCACCUCUGCUCCCCGUAACCCAGGACACACACACACCUCUCCCCCGCCGCUUUCUACUGCCUCAUGCUUUCCAUGUCCAGCCCCACCCUGUGCCACCAUGGAUCUUGUGGAGUUGGCAGACAUGGGCCGUGGCUGUGAAGAUAAAAACUGUGGCCUCUCAUCAGACUUCCCAGAACACUGCUCCAACCAGGACUGCCAGUGGGAGGAACCUAUGUUUGGAUUGAUUGAGCUAGUGUGUGUGACUGUGAUUUAUAUUCCACUGAUGCUCUUUGGCCUCCUUGGAAAUAUACUCACAAUUCUGGUGGUUUGGCUGCGUCCACACAUGAGAAGCUCCACCUACCUGUACCUGAGCAGCAUGGCGGUCAGUGAUCUGUUAAUACUCCUGCUGCUGCCUCUGGAUCUAUAUAAGCUCUGGAGGCCCAGACCCUGGCUGUUGGGAGACAUUGCCUGUAAACUGACCAUGUUCCUCUCUGAGUGCUGCACCUUCUGUACCAUUCUCCACAUCACCUUCCUCUCCCUUGAAAGGUACGUGGCCGUCUGCUGGCCAAUCGCAGCCAAGACUUUGGUGACGCGGCGCCGAACCAGGGCUCUCAUUGGCUGCCUCUGGCUGGGUGCGGCUGUUAGUGCAGCACCAGUGUUGAUCAUGGUUGGAGUGGAGGAAGUUGGGGGAGAGGAAGUAGGGUUUGGAGGAUCGAGGGAGGAUGCAGGGUGGACAGGCAGGGAAGGAGAAAAGGGUGCAUUUGUAAUAGGUGGAGGGGAAAGAGGAAAUGGACACUUGAGAUUGAUGGGUGGAGGACCGGAGGGUAUACAGUGGGAAGAGAAAGAGACAAUAGGAUUGGGUGAGAGAGAGAAGUUGUUCAAAGAAGAAGGGGAGAGAAAGCUGGAAAUUCUAGAAACAGAUGAGAGGAAACAAGGAGAUGGAGGAGAAAGGGAAGAUGGGAACCAGGUAGAUAAAAGAGGAGGUGAAGAAGAAGGGGGGAAGAUGGAAGAUGACAGAAUGCAGCAAAAUAAAAUGAAAGAAGACGAGGGAGGAGGAAAGGAGGAGGAGGAGGAUGUUGUUGCGGGAGGAGAGUGGGACAUGAGAGAGUGUCGCUGCACGCACUAUGCCGUCUCAUCUGGCCUGUUGUCAGCCAUGAUGAUUCUCUCCAACCUGUACUUCCUGGUACCGCUCUGCAUCCUGGGACUGGUCUACAGCCUCAUCGGACGAACACUGUGGCUCCGCCCACAAAGCAGCCGCAAAGACCAGAGUCACCGGCACACUGUUAAAAUGCUUGGAGUGAUUGUCUUGGCGUUUGUCCUGUGCUGGCUGCCCUUCCAUGUUGGUCGGACCAUAUUCUCUCUUUCUCUGGGCACUGGCACCGAAAGACAGGAAACUUACAUGGACACAAACUCACAAUCAGACUUGAACACACUUCCUGAUAGUCCUGCAAGCUCAGACACACACCCGCAGAGUCUCUCCCAGACUGGACAAAUGACCACACACGCUCACGCAGAGAAAGGUCACGUAUCGUGUGACAGGACCAGAGUCAAAGUCGACGCACACACCGACGUAGAAGUGGACACCAAAGCGCACACUGACACAGAAGCAUAUCCUGACAACAUGAGCGCACGCGAACACUUACAUUCACUUGUUAUAUCACACACCAGAGUGCACCACAAAAACGCAGCGAGUGCACAUCCCUCAGACCCUGACAUGGAAACACACACACAUGCAAACUGUCAACUGCACAACGGCACAAACACUACGACACAUGACACACAAAAAGGGUGCGUCAACUCACAGAACGACACCGACCCAUACAAUAACACACACGACGACACACAAUUGUAUUUUUUAUACUAUCUGUCUCAGUAUUUCAAUCUGGUGUCCUCAGUCCUCUACUACCUCAGCGCCGCCGUCAACCCUCUACUCUACAACCUGAUGUCCGCCAGAUAUAGACACGCUGUGCACAGCCUCGUACACACACACUGUCACACGCAGUCCCACCGAAUACGCAAAACACUCCACGCACAAAGCUCGACGACCGCUUUGUGAGGGUGAAUGCGUAGAU